AUGGCUCUUGGCAAAAGGCCUCAGUCCCUUGCUGGCUGUUGGCAGGAAGCCACAGUUCCUUGCCACGUGUACAUCUCCGCGGGGCUGCCCGAGUGUCUUAAUGAUACGGCAGGUGGCUUUCCCCAGUGCAACAAACAAGCAAUGUCAUCUAAUGAACAAGAAAGGCUCUUCUGUUAUAAUGGAGAAGUCCUUGUUUUUCGUUUGUCUAAAGGAAAUUUUGUAGAUGAAGGGCCUACAAAAACAACUGUGUUACAUGUCCGAAGAAUGGUAUUUGACAGAGGAACAGGAGUAUUUGUUCAGAAAUCCACUGGAUUCUUCAGCAUAAAAGAAGAAUACUCUCAUUUAAGAAUUAUGGGUUGCGACUGUGUUUCAGAUUUCAGAACUGGAAUUAAUCUGCCUUAUAUUAUGAUACAGUGCAUUAAAAAGAGUAACGUUUUCAGAUAUUUUCUACUAUUUCUUCACAGUACCAAUAAAUUUGAAAAGCGUUUGAGUUUUAGCCUACACUGUGAGUUGAAGGACAGCAUAAGGGUCCUUAAUGGCCCUUUAGUUUUAUGGAGACAUAUCCAAACAUUCUUUUAUAUCUCUUCCCAAACUGGCAAAGUUGUUACUAUGUCCAUUAAGUUUUCCUCUAUUGAGUGGGCAGGGGAGAUUGAAAAUGUAGGUAUGGUUUUGUUAGGACGAAAGAGAUGUAACUUAUCUGAGGAAGGAUGUACCCCACAGCCUUCAAAAUCAGAUUAUGCAACUUGGAAUACUCAAUUUUGUGUAUACUCGCUCGAAAGGGAAGAAGUAAUAAGUGAUACAUACAUUAUCCCUCCUGUUUAUACCAGUGUGAUAACAUGUGUGCAUGUCUGUGCAACUGAGAUUGUCAACAACCGGUUAAGAAUGUCGCUGAUUGCUCUUACUCAAAAGAAUCAGCUGAUUUCAUUCCAAGAUGGGACUCCUAAAAGUGUGUGCCAGCUUCCAUUUGGAGAUCCUUGUGCAGUUCAACUUAUGGAUUCAGGUGGAGGAGACCUCCUUUUCGUCAUAUCCUUUAGGGCCAGUGAUGCUUGUGCUGUUUGGGAAAAGAACUUUCAGGUUGCUGCUAAGUGGGAGAAAGUUAGCUCAGUACUGAUAGAUGACUUUCUUGGAACUGGAACUGAACAAGUACUGCUACUUUUUAAGGACCCCUUGAAUUCAGAUUGCCUCAGUUCCUUUAAAAUAACAGACCUGGACAACUUAAACUAUUCAAGUGAAUCAUUGGAUUACAAUGAAGAUGACUUAUUUGACGGCAAAGAGAAUUAUUUGGUGGUUCCACCUCUGGAAAGAAGAUUGAAAGUUGGUUUGGUUUCUGUUCAGGAAUUACAGCAGCAUCUCUUGCUUAAGGAAAAAGUUAUUUCAAAAUCUUACAAGGCUUUAAUGAACCUGUUUCAAGGGAAGGAUGAUAGUACAUCAAGUGCAGAGGAGAAAGAAUGUCUUGCCACUCUUUGUGGUGAAGAAGAAAAUCCUGUCUAUACCUUUGAUGAAAAGUUAUCAGAUAAUUUUCAAGAUUCAGAACAGCUAGUAGAGAAGAUAUGGUAUCGUGUAAUAGAAGAUAGCUUGGUUGUUGGAGUGAAAACCACAUCUUCUUUGAAGGUGUCCCUGAAUCAUGUGACUUUAUCGCUGUCAAUGGAUCAAGCCCCUAACUCCAGCUUUCUGCUCAUUAAGUGUCAAAGUAGGGUGAUCAAGUUGAGUAGGAAAUCUUCCCCAGUACCAGGCUCAGUGCCAUAUGAAAUAGGAUCAGAGGUAAAAAAAAUCAAGUUGAGUGUUGAUAGUGAGGAAGAGGAAGAGAAAGAGGAAAGCGUUGUUUUUGUACAACCAUCUGAGAAAGAGUAUGUGCAGAUGAUUACUGCUGUAACAUCUCUUUCGCCACUUUUAGCAUUCGGUAAUUUUUGUUGCAUUGUGCUGCUACAAAUUAGAGAGAGAGAGAAUGGUAACCGUUCUGCAACUCGUUAUGUUCAGUGUGGCAGAAUUGCUUUAAGUCUAGAAGAUCUUUCAAGUGGGAAAUACCUGCUGACAUUUCCAAAGAAGAAACCUAUAGAACACAUGGAAGAUCUCUUUGCGCUUCUCGCGGCCUGGCAGAGAGCUUGUUUUCAAAUCAUAUCACCCAGCUAUGCUCUGACUUCAAUGAAGGUAUGGCUCUUAGAACACAUGGAAUGUGAAGUUAUCAAAGAAUUUCCAGAAAUUUGCUUUUGCAAAAGGCCAGGAAGCUUCUAUGGGACACUCUUCAACUGGAAACAAAGAACACCAUUUGAAGGGAUUUUAAUAGUCUAUUCCAGGAAUCAAACAGUUUUGUUCCAGUGCCUUCAUAAUCUCAGCAGUGUUCUCCCUAUAAACAGUUUCUUCAAAUAUCUAAAAUUAGGAAGUGAGGAUUUCCUAAUUGGUCAUUUGGGAUUAGCUUUGGAGAAGGAAUUGGUUAUCCUUGGUUCUUUUUCUUCUGCCUUAGUUAAGGUUGAAAGCAACUUGGUGCAGAGUUGUGAAGCAAGCAAAGAAAAGACUAGUGGUGAUGUGGCUGCUUUAUCAGACAUAGAGGAAAGCAUCCAUGCCUACAGAAAAGAACUUCAGAGAGAAAAGAAGCAAAAGUUGGGGACGAACCUAAAACUCAGGCUGGGCCCUCAGUUCUGCAGACCGGCGGUGAGGAAGAGGACUAGACUGUAUCCGGACCUCACGCGCUCAGCUGUCCAGGCUGGCUCCUGA